AACCCAAAGUGCAUCGGGGGAGCUGAGGACUCAUCGUUUAGGGUGUAGGUUACUGAGCUGCCUCUUGAGGUUGGAGGGCGGAGCCUCUUGGAGUUCCUCUUGGUUUCUUUCACAGUUAAAAAACCCUCCACUUGUGUCAGCUUGUACUUGUGCUGUUAUGGUUAAUAUCGAUGACCUUCUGCUGGGUCUGAAUUAUUUCUACUCUGGUGGUUUUAAAGAUGGCUUGGAUCCAGUUCUUGGUUUGUCUUUGGACUCUGUUCAUCACACAAACUGUGUGCAGUAACAGUGAGUACUUUGAGAAGGAGGAGGGGGAUUCUGUGGUCUUCCCCUGUGCUGUUAACCAAAGUGAACCUCCACCUUACGGCUUUGCCCUGGCAAGAAGAUGGCUCCAAACCUCUACUGUGCUCUACAAGCAUAAGCACACGAACCAUGAGGUGCUCAUAUCUGAUUACAAAAAUCGCAUCAGUGUGAGUGGAGACCCCACCAGCUACUCUGUGACCGUCACCAUCUCUGAGCUAAGGGCCUCUGACACAGACCGAUACCACUGCCAGUUUGAGGUGGACAACCCUUUCUCAGAUGACAUCCGCAAACCUGGAAACACUGAAUUCUUCCUCCUCGUUCGUGCUGAUGCCUCCGGCUCAGUGGACUUAGAGUCAGUAAACACUUGUGCUGGAGGCUCGGUCGUGCUCCCCUGUGCCCCCCCACCUGGGGACAGCUCGGCCGUAGAGGGGGUGAUUUUGAAGAGGCGGAGGGGCCAGGCGCCGGUGGAGGUGCUGUAUCACUCAAAGUGGCACCACAACAAUGCCCAUCCUUCACCCGCCGGGUUCCCUGUAGAGAGGGUCCACCUGUCCUUUGCUCCGGGCCCCGUCGGCAUCACCUACAACCUGAGCCUGCAGCAGCUGCAGCCGGAGGACAGUGGUCUGUACAGCUGCCAGCUGCUCCUGCAGGGCAGGCCUCACAGCACCCGGCUGGGGAGACGGGCCUUCUUUGUGUCCGUCCAAGACGGACCGUGUGAAUGCACCAGCUACUCAGCUCUGAUAUAUGCUUUGUCUUCAUCCGUGGCCGUUCUCUUCAUCCUCCUCCUGGUGCUCGUGAUAAUUCAUCGAGGUAAAAGACGGCGCGCUGUCAAGUCGCCCCCUCAGGCCCCUAUCUAUGAAGAGAUGUCCAUGGUGCAGCCCCCAAGUCGAAAACUGGCCCCCUGUCAACUGGCGGAAAUGGAGUCCGAGUACAGAAACUGCUCUGUGAAGAAAUCCUGUCCAGAGAACCACUAUGAAAGCCCCCGAGGGCCCCCCGGCCCCAGGGACGAAUGAGCUUGUCAUGAACAUGAAACAAAAGCUGCAGCUGCCUGAAACUCACCUGACUCGUACCACAAAUACAUCUUCAGCAGCGAAGGGUCUCCAACAGGGGUGUCAAAGUCAGUUCCUCGAGGGCCGGUAUCCUGCAUGUUUUAGAUGUUUCCCUCUUCCAUCACAUCUGGAAACCAUGACAUCAUUAUCAGGCUUCUGCAGAACAUGAUGAUGAGCCGAUCAUUAAUUAAACCAGGUGUGGCCGGAAGAGGGACAUAUCUAAAACAUGCAGGAUACCGGCCCUCGAGGACUGGAGUUUGACACCCCUGGUCUAAAAUAUGUCCUCAUGGAUAUUAAACUGUAGGCUGUUUUAAAGGAGUUGUGCUAUAAUUUCUCUAACUUGUAAAUGUAUGUGGUUGCCAGUUUGUGCAGUGACAUUAGCCCCUUUUACACAGCACUUCUGUUAAGGGAAUAUUUCACCUUUAUUCGGGAAUGACGUCUGUGUAAAUAACAUGGUGGGAUCAUUUGGUCCCACCUUUAUCGUGACUUUGUAACGUCCAUGGAGGCAGUAACAGAGGAAGAAAGGUGGGAUCACCAUCUUGCAUUUUUUCCAGGAUCUCUGUGUAAAUGUGGCUAUAGUUUGUUCAUCUGUAUGUAUGUGCCCUGCCACGAACUGGUGACACAUCCAGAGGGCGUACCCACCUUCACCUGUUGGUUGCUGGGAUACGACCCAGCACCUGAAUGAAUGAAUGAAUGAAGUAUGAAGGGGAUGCAUUAGGGUCAAAACACAGUAAUAAUGGGUUGGAUUUAUAUAGCGCUUUUCUAGACACCCAAAGCGCUUUCCAUUAUUAACCCAUUAUUCAUUCGCUCUCACAUUCACACUCUGGUGGUGGUAAACUACAUUUGUAGCCACAGCUGCCCUGGGGAAGACUGACAGAAUGUUUUAGACAAAGAUAGAUCCAAUUUGCACUGACCCCUUGUGCCAUAGGAUGUUCUACUAGCUGAUGAAACUGUAUUUAUUGUAAUGUCCUGUCAGAGAGCAAAUUUUAAUUGAUUGCCAUUCCAACAUUUAUUUCAAUAUAAAGUAGCUCCUUGUUUUGGAUAAUCUCUUAUGGUCCAACUAAAACAAAAAUGAAUGUAAAA